ACGCAGGCGACUACUUCCUGUUUCCGCCGUGCGUGUUCCCUCUCUCGCUCUCUUUCUUUCCAGCACCAGUGAACAUGGCAGCUCGCAGGGAAGCCGGCAGCGCGGCCCCGGUCACCGCGGAGAUCCCCGUGAAGCAAGUGCAGAUAGACGGCCUGGUGGUAAUGAAGAUCAUCAAGCACUAUCAGGAGGAAGGACAUGGCAGCGAGGUGGUGCAGGGAGUGCUGCUUGGCCUCGUGGUCGACGAUCGCCUGGAAAUAACAAAUUGCUUCCCCUUCCCGCAACACACUGAAGAUGACGUGGACUUUGAUGAAGUUCAGUAUCAGAUGGAGAUGAUGAGAAGCCUCCGCCACGUCAACAUUGACCAUCUCCAUGGGUGGUACCAGUCCACCUACUAUGGCACUUUCGUCAGCCGUGCCCUCCUAGACUCCCAGUUCAGCUACCAGCAUGCCAUUGAAGAAUCUGUGGUGCUAAUUUACGAUCCUAUUAAGACUGCUCAGGGUUCUCUGUCGCUCAAGGCUUAUCGACUGACUCCAAAACUGAUGGAAGUCUGCAAGGAGAAAGACUUCUCUGCGGAAGGAUUGAAGAAGGCCAACAUCGCCUUUGAGCACAUGUUUGAAGAGGUUCCUAUUGUCAUCAAGGACUCCCAUCUUAUCAAUGUGCUGAUAUGGGAACUGGACAAAAAGGCUCCUGUGUCUGAGAAGCACGAACUCCUCAGUCUGUCCAGCAGCAAUCAUCUGGAGAAGAGUCUUCAGCUCCUUAUGGACAGAGUUGAUGAAAUGAGCCAGGAUAUUGUAAAGUUCAACACGUACCUGAGGAACGCCAGCAAGCAGACGCAACAGAAACACCAGUACGUCCAAAGGCGGCAGCAGGAAAACAUUCAGCGGCAGAGUCGUGGCGAGCCGCCGCUGCCUGAAGAAGACAUUAGCAAGCUGUUCAAGCCACCGCUUCCUCCACCCAGAAUGGAUUCACUCCUCAUUGCAGGUCAAAUUAACACGUACAUCCAGAAUAUUAAGGAAUUCACCUCUCAGAAUCUAGGAAAGCUGUUCAUGGCUGAAGCUCUACAGGACCAGCCCAACUAACCAAACCACCGGACAGAUCGUCUGAGACAAACAUAACUUAAUAGCAACUAUCAUUUUCUGUACAAUUCAAUAAAGUCAUCUUUUAACAAUA